GGGCCCGUGCGUGGUCUCGUUUUAUCCUACGUCAUUGCCGACAAGACAAUACCGUGUCGUGCUGCAGAAACUGGCAUUCUGCAACAAAAGUCCUUUAACUGAUGUAAAUGAGUUAAUUAACGGAUAUAACUUUAAAUCAAUCCCAAUUUUCUCAUUUGGAAUACAAAAUUGAGGAUGAGGAACUAAUGGAAGUCUUUCAUGGACGACAGAGGAACACAAAGUAGCUAAUACAAGGACGAACUCCUGUGCUGGAUAAAUGGAAGGACACCACUGGAUGGCAAAUCAAUGUCGACAACUGUUAUUGCGACAAAGGGGGAGAGGUGACGUGCCCACCAAAAGAUCAGAGAAUUCUGAUUUCUCCUCACAGAAAUGUAACAUGAAGAGAAGAACAAUAAUUGUUGGGCAGGGGCACGACCAGCAAGAACAGAGAGACAUUGUCAGAGGUUACAAGGGGAACAUCAUCCACACGACCAAAUACACUCUGUUGACCUUCAUCCCCAUUAAUCUGUUCCAGCAGUUUCACAGGGCAGCCAACCUCUACUUUCUUUUCUUGAUUUUGCUGAACUGGGUGCCAGUGGUUGAAGCCUUUCAGAAGGAAAUUACAAUGAUUCCUUUGCUUAUCGUACUCACUGUCAUCGCCAUCAAAGAUGCUUUGGAAGACUACAAACGCUAUCUCUCGGACAAAAAAAUAAAUAAUAAUGUAGUACAAGUGUAUUGUGGAAAGGAGAAAGCCUACAAUGAUAUACGCUGGAAAGAUGUUCAAGUUGGAGACUUUGUUCGCCUAUCCUGCAACGAUAUCAUCCCUGCUGACAUUUUGCUCCUGUAUUCCUCUGAUCUUCAUGGAAUAUGUUACAUUGAGACUUCCAACUUGGAUGGGGAGACCAACCUGAAACAGAGAAAGAUUGUUUCCGGUCUUCCACUGCAGGGAGAGGAAUUUAACCCUGAGAGCUUCCACAGUCACAUUGAGUGUGAAAAUCCCAAUAAUGACCUUGGCACGUUUCGAGGUUUUAUGGUGCACUCAAGUGGGGCUCGUGCUGGACUUGACAGCAACAACCUCCUGCUCAGAAGUUGCACCAUUCGUAAUACGGAGACUGUCGUCGGAAUUGUAGUCUAUGCUGGACAUGAGACCAAAGCUAUGAUGAACAACAGCGGACCAAGAUAUAAACGCAGCCAUCUGGAAAAGCACCUCAACAUUGCUAUCUUGUGGUGUUUUCUCUUACUGAUCAUCAUGUGUUUCACAACUGCUCUUGGCCAUGGACUCUGGCUGAAGCAGUUAAAAAAUGCAAUCUUUUCGGUUGAUGACGGGUUGGCUCCUGCCUUGGCUGGCUUUUACACCUUUUGGACGAUGAUAAUUGUACUGCAAGUGCUGAUUCCCAUCUCUCUUUAUGUGUCCAUUGAAAUUGUGAAGCUGGGUCAGAUCUACUUCAUCCAAAAUGAUCUUUCCCUCUACAAUGAGCAUGUGGACUGCAGUAUCCAGUGCCGUGCACUCAACAUCACCGAGAACCUGGGUCAGAUCCAAUACUUGUUCUCUGAUAAGACGGGAACUCUAACAGAGAACAACAUGGUGUUUCGCCGUUGCAGUAUUUAUGGGAUUGAAUAUCCUCAUGAGGAAAAUGGUUGUAGACUGGAGAUGUAUGAGGCAGAGAAGAGUGAAGCCACUGAUUGCUCUGUAACUCUAAAAUCUGCCAGCAGAAGUAAAUCUCAGAGCUGUCGUUCCCUCAGUUGCAAUUGCAGCUCAGUAUACCUUCACACUCUCACUGCUCAGUCUGAGGAAGACGAAAAACUAUCCAAUCAAGUCCUUCCAAGGACCAGUGCCAUUCACAGACAAAUGACAAAGGAGGUGGUACCAGACCCGGAGCUAGUCAAGAAGUUAAGCUGGCUUUGUUCUGCGACACAGCCUUCUGGCAAUGUAAUUGUUGAGAAGAACUCCAGUUUGGAACUCACCUACAUCACAGACUUUUUCCUGGCAUUGGGCAUUUGUAAUAGUGUGGUGGUCUCAUCACCCACACAGCCUCAAUAUGUGGCUGGUGAGAUACAAACAUCUCAUAAGUCUCUUGAUGAAAGGAAACAGAUAUUCCAGUGCUUCCCAUUGUUCUCAGGCUUCUUGACCCAAUCACCUACUCAAAGGAGAGGCAGCCCUUGCAGCUUGAGUCUGUUUACACGUAGAAAGACAGGUGUCUUCACCCUCUCCUCUCUUCCCAGUAACACCAUAGAGAAGUUGUUUGUAACCCAAGAGGGAAAUGUUAACUUAUCCAGAGAGGUGGAUGAGACCAAUGGUGACAAGAUGAAGGACAUUUUCGUGAGUACAAAUGCAGACUCAAAUGGGGCAAGUGACAAUGCACAAGAAAUGAGAAUUGAAGAUGUUCCUAGCAGUGGCAUGGACGAUGAACUACUAUAUGAGGCGGUUAGUCCAGACGAGGCUGCUUUGGUCCAUGCAGCUAGAUCAUAUUGCUUCACCUUGCGGGGACGAUCUGCAGAUGACCUUCUUAUAGACCUUCCUGGAAUUGGUACUCUGACUGUCCAGCUGCUCCACAUCCUGCCUUUUGACUCCAAUAGGAAGAGGAUGUCUGUGGUGGUCCGCCACCCUCUCACAGGAAAAGUGACAGUUUACACCAAGGGUGCAGAUUCAGUAAUCAUGGAUAUUUUGGAGACACCUAAAGGUGCAGAACAAGCAUGGGAAACAUACAAUCACAUCAAAGUGCAAACCCAGAAGCAUUUAGACAGCUAUGCUCGAGAAGGCCUCCGUACUCUUUGCAUUACUAAAAAGGUACUGGGAGAAAAGGAGUAUGAGGUGUGGCUGAAGAGACAAUUGCUGGCAGAGAGCAGCAUAGACAAUCGAGAAGAGCUGCUGCUCGAUUCUGCUGAGAGACUGGAGACCAACCUCACUCUUUUGGGUACCACAGGAAUUGUGGAUAGACUCCAGGAAGGUGUGCCAGAGACAAUUGAAUCUCUUCAGAGGGCGGGUAUCAAAGUAUGGGUCCUCACGGGAGACAAACAGGAGACAGCUGUCAACAUUGCAUACGCUUGUAAACUCAUCGGUCCUAAUGACCAAAUUCUCACUGUCAACUGUGAAACCAAGGAUGACUGUGCUGCAUUACUUGAGGACCUCAAAUUAGAAGUCCAGCACAGUGCAGGGCAAAUGAGUAAAAAGACCACUUCAGAGGAUAGUGGAGAAUUGUCUUCAAACAGCAAUGUCGGGUUCAUUUUGGUCAUAGAUGGCCGGACACUUGACUAUGCACUGAAGGACCUCUCGGGCUGUUUUCUAGAGCUGAGCCAUUCCUGCAAAGCUGUCAUUUGUUGUCGCUCCACUCCGCUGCAAAAGAGCCAAGUGGUGCAGCUAAUCCGGGACAAACUCAAAGUCAUGACCUUGGCAGUGGGUGAUGGAGCCAAUGACGUGAGUAUGAUCCAGGUAUCUGAUGUUGGCAUUGGGAUAUCUGGUCAGGAAGGCAUCCAGGCUGUGAUGUCCAGUGACUUUGCCAUUUCGCGGUUUAAACACCUCAGUAAGCUAUUGCUGGUCCAUGGCCAUUGGUGUUUCUCUCGUCUUGGAAACAUGAUGUUUUAUUUCAUUUACAAGAAUGUGAUGUUUGUAAACCUAUUGUUCUGGUAUCAGUUCUUCUGUGGUUUCUCUGGGAGUGUCAUGACCAACUCCUGGGUUUUGAUCUUCUUCAACCUGUUCUUUACCUCUGUUCCUCCUCUCAUCUACGGCAUCCUGGAUAAAGACAUACCUGCUGAACAACUGAUGCAAAUGCCUGAGCUUUAUCAGGCUGCGAAUGCCUCUGAGGUGCCCACACAUGUAAACACAUUAUUGGCCUAUGCUCCAUUUCUCUUCUGGAUGACAGUCCUGGAUGCCUUUUACCAAAGCCUUGUAUGCUUUUUUGUGCCUUAUUUUGCUUAUGUUGGAUCAGACAUUGGGGAGCUGUCCUUUGGCUCACCAAUCAACGCUUCGGCUCUCCUUAUCAUCCUACUGCUCCAAGUCAUCGAGAGUCAUACUACGACGUGGAUUCAUGUUUUUGUGUUGGUGCUCAGUGGGGGAUCAUACUUUGGCUUUGUGCUGAUCUUCAGCAUUUCCUGUCUGAACUGCAGCCCCCCGACCAACCCUCUGGGUGUUGAAAUGUUGCAAAUGUCCCAGCCUCUCUUUUACAUUGUGUGUACUCUCACUACUGUAACAGCGCUGAUGCCCAGGGUUGUGUUCCGGGCACUUCACAACACCAUGCACUUAUCUGCUCUGAUGCUAACAUCGUACAGGGAAAAGGCAGAAUCAGAGAAGUACCAUAGAAGAAGACAGCACAAGACCUUAAAUGUCUCUAUGGCUAGCAGGCAGCCAGACUGUGCUGACAACUCUGCUUAGAUCAUAAAAACUUUUAAUCUGCAUUUUUCCA